CUGCAUUAAAGGAAUACUAUGAAGUGGGGCAUUAUUUUAGCAAUUUGUGCGCUAACCAAUGCAAGCGCAUUACAUCACAAGGAUAGGGUUGACCGACGUGUGAAUGGAGAAAAUGGUUGGUUUGUGCCUCAAGUUGACGGUAACUUCCAGUGGCUGGACUUGGAUGAGGCCAAUGAGGCACUGGCUCGCUACGAAACUAUAGAAGAGGGACAAAAGAGCAAUCGUAUAUCGCUUAAUGCGGUGACGUUCUAUUUAUACACACAGAGGAAUCCCGACGACGGACAGCUUAUCACUGCUAAUGAGGCCUCGAUUAAUGCCUCGAAUUUUAGAGCCGAAAACCCUACCAGAUUUACAAUACACGGCUGGAAUUCCAAUUACAAAGAUGGCGUGAAUGUGGGCAUACGACGAGCUUGGUUCGGCUACGGCGACUACAACAUGAUAGCUGUGGAUUGGGCACGGGGUCGUUCGCUUGACUACGCCUCAUCAGUGUCGGGUGCGCCUGCGGCUGGCAAAAAAAUUUCGGAGCUCAUAGACUUUCUCGUGCAGCACUACGACAUGUCCCUAGAGUCAUUGGAGGUAGUAGGCUUCAGUUUGGGUGCUCACGUAGCCGGAUUCACGGCCAAGAAUGUGGCCACUGGCCAAGUGCAGAAGGUUGUUGGCCUAGACCCUGCCAUGCCACUGAUUAACUACAACAAAACGGAGAAACGGCUCUGCAGCACUGAUGCCUUCUACGUCGAGAGCAUUCAGACCAACGGUGGCACCUUGGGAUUCACGCAGCCCAUUGGCAAGGCGGCUUUCUACCCAAAUGGCGGGAGAACGCAGCCUGGCUGUAUUGCCGACCUGACCGGCGGAUGCUCGCACACCCGAGCCGUCUUAUACUAUGUGGAGUCUCUGGAGUCUGACAACUUUCCGACAAUGAAGUGCAACUCCUACCAGGAGGCCAACAAUAACGAUUGUGGCAGCACCUACAGUUCCGUGCGCAUGGGCUCGAAGGUGAACUCAUUUGUGGCCUCUGGCGAAUUUUAUGUGCCAGUGAAUGAAGCUUCUCCAUAUGGCAUAGGUAAAAACUCAAAUGGCAGUGGUGAGGAUGAGGAUGAGGAAAAUGCCACAACUACUGAAGCCUCAAUUACAGAGGAAGACGACACCACUUCAAUACCGUAAAUAUUGAAUAAAUUACAAAUUUCCACACCACAAGCUGCUACACAUGUAUAAGCUCCUGCAAGUAAAUUUGUCCUCUCAAAAUCGGUUCCUUUCCAAAA